AUGCAAUCAUACAACAUUAAUACUUCAGAUUAUAGCCGAAGAUCCGGCUCACAAAGGGCCUAUUCUAGUCCAUACGCACAAGAACUAAACGAGCCGUAUAGAGGACGUCGUUAUAGUCGAACUCUACCAGCUAAUUUGAAAACAAAUUCCCGCACGUAUACGACUGAUGAUGAUGACGAAGCUUUAUCGGUCUAUUCUCAGUCAAAUUCGGGUGCACAGUUUAAACCAGGCAAGAAUGGUUCCGCGGAUGCAAAUGGACGUCACAGGUCCCUGUCAGUUAAUGAGCACCACUACGAAACUGAUGAUGAAAACGCCUCGUCGGUUAAGAGUAACACACAUGAAAGUUCAAUUGCUUUGAAUCCCUAUGGUCAAUACACGAAUUCUGCGGAGAUGAGCGAGCAAAAUAAUGGGUUUAAACCAAUUCCGGGUCAAUUCGAUGUUUACAAUGACUUCAAUAAUAAUAGAGUGAUAAAGUCCAAUGAUGUAUUGAUGGAUCCUCCCAAUGAUUUUGAAGAUGAUUACACUGAUCGCGAUUUUCCAGGUGGAGGAAAGAGUGCGCGUCAAUCGGUAGCCGGCGAGAACCUGGUGUUGAUUAAAGAACGGAAACCCCUCUCCAUUGAUGGCAGUCAAACUCUUCCAUCAAAUGUCAAGCCAAUCCUUAAACAACAGCCACCUUUGGUAAAUUUGUCAAUGAAUGUUCAAGUUUUAGUUGACAACAGGGCUAAUUGGGUGCCAUACAAGUUUAAUUUAAUCAGCGUGAAAGUUUACGACAGUGCUUCUCUAUCCACAUAUAGCGGAACCAUCGCCACUGGUAACGUCACCAAUUACACUCUUCAACCUCGCUCUAUAUCGACACUCGCGGUUCCGAUAAACGUUUUCUAUCAGCCCAUACAGAGCAACGAUCCAACUUUCCAAGAUCUUGUUAGUGCAUGCGUUAAGAAUUAUCAAGGGAGCACACAACAAGCACUUUUGAAUCUUCAAAUUGAUGUCACACUAUAUAUCGCCGGUAUAGAUUGGAUAUACAAACCGACUAUAUCCGUUCCCGUCUCCAACUUCAAGUGCCCAUAUUCCCUGCAAAAUACAUAG